AUGACAUUUCUAGAAAACUUAGCGGUUUUACAGAAUGCGCUACUUGACCAUUUGCAAAAGUUGAGCACGAUCUCCCGCAAAAAGGCAUUCGGAGAAGGUAAACUAUAUUACAAGGGCGGUAUUGCGCUUGAUGACGGCAAUGACGGUGAAGAAGAAGAAGAAGAAGUUGAGUUUGGCGCUUUGCUGGGCACAAUAGCGAGCAAACUACUUGAUUUCGAGUCGAUACUGAGAUGCAGUAUUGUUGAGAUGACGUACACAUAUCCAGGAUUGAAACUUCAGUGGGAGAAAAGUUCCAGAUACGACCAAUGCGAUAAAUUGAACAUUGUGAAGCUAGACAAACAGAUGGUUGCGGAAUUGUAUGCCCAGUUGAUGGAAGAGCUCGAUUCUGUAUUACAAUUCAUYGAUUGGUUUUACUGCUACCGCCUUAAGGUCAAAGAGAUCCUACGACAACACCAUAGACGCGACCUUGCCUGGAAUGACGAGGAAAGGGACCAGGCCAUAAGGUCACAUGCUGUGGAUUACGAGAAGAUGCAUCAGGGGAGCGACCGCGAAGCGUCGUCGUUGACAACUCCAGCGUCCAUGUCAAUGGAAAAUGCAAGCACGAAGGAUAAACUCUUGAGCAAGACAAAAUUACUGACCAACAACCUCGUGAGAGGCAAUCAAAUUCUACAGUCGGGUAUUUUACAAAGCGACCUAAACCUGGACGAGCUGAGAGCCCAAACGCACUCACUGAUGCAAGUCGACGACAAGUACACCCAGUUUGAAACCGUUUUCAAGAAAACGGCAGACUUGGUCAAAGUCUUGGAAAAUGCCUCCCACCAGGAGAAGCGAGACGUAUACCUGUCACUCGGCUUUCUCGUGUGCUGCGUCUCCUGGGUUCUCUGGCGUCGUAUUUUCAAGCUGCCCGUGAAAGUCGGCCUAUGGCUGCUGUUCAAGUUUUUCAAGGGUAUACUGAUGACCUUAGGCCUAGUGAAGGGCUACACGGCCUCCUCUUCGUCACCGCAGGUCCCCAGUCUCGUACUGAACGCGCCAUUUCUUGCCACUACGUCUUCCACGUCCACGCUUGUGGAACCAUCAGCGUCUGAACCAGUUGUCAGCAACAUCCAACGAGCUGUCGAUGAAGCCAUGGAUAGAAUUAUCUCCCACGACGAGCUGUGA